GAGCGCGGCUGAGAAGACAGUACAGCUGAGAAGCGCGGUGCCCAGAGCGCGGGCCGCCUGCGGAGCGACUGCCCCAGCCAGCCCGAACCCGGUCCCAGCCCGAGCCGCACCGGAGCCUAGCGGGCCCGGUGCUCCAGGUGUCCGCAGCCAUGCUGGCCGGCCGCGCCGCGCGCACCUGUGCGCUGCUCGCCCUCUGCCUCCUGGGCAGUCGGGCCCAGGAUUUCGGGCCGACCCGCUUCAUCUGCACUUCGGUGCCGGUGGACGCCGACAUGUGUGCCGCGUCCGUGGCAGCGGGCGGCGCCGAGGAGCUUCGGAGCAACGUGCUGCAGCUCCGCGAGACCGUGCUGCAGCAGAAGGAGACCAUCCUCAGCCAGAAGGAGACCAUCAGGGAGCUGACCACCAAGCUUGGCCGCUGCGAGAGCCAGAGCACCCUGGACGCAGGUCCCGGCGAGGCCAGGUCGGGCGGCGGCCGCAAGCAGCCUGGCUCGGGCAAGAACACGAUGGGCGACCUGUCCCGGACGCCUGCCGCGGAGACACUCAGCCAACUCGGGCAAACUUUGCAAUCUCUCAAAACCCGACUGGAGAACCUCGAGCAGUACAGCCGCCUCAAUUCUUCCAGCCAGACCAACAGCCUCAAGGAUCUGCUGCAGAGUAAGAUCGAUGACCUGGAGCGGCAGGUGCUGUCUCGGGUGAACACUCUGGAGGAGGGCAAAGGGGGCCCCAAGAACGACACAGAGGAGAGGGUCAAGAUCGAGAGCGCCUUGACAUCCCUGCAUCAGCGGAUCAGCGAGCUGGAGAAAGGUCAGAAAGACAAUCGCCCUGGGGACAAGUUUCAGCUAACAUUCCCGCUGCGGACCAACUACAUGUAUGCCAAGGUGAAGAAGAGCCUGCCGGAGAUGUACGCCUUCACUGUGUGCAUGUGGCUCAAAUCCAGUGCAGCGCCUGGAGUGGGCACACCCUUCUCUUACGCUGUGCCUGGGCAGGCCAAUGAGCUGGUCCUCAUCGAGUGGGGCAACAACCCCAUGGAGAUUCUUAUUAAUGACAAGGUGGCCAAGCUGCCCUUCGUAAUCAAUGAUGGCAAGUGGCACCACAUCUGUGUCACCUGGACCACCCGGGAUGGGGUCUGGGAGGCCUAUCAGGAUGGUACCCAGGGUGGCAAUGGAGAGAACCUGGCUCCCUAUCACCCCAUCAAACCACAGGGUGUGCUGGUGCUGGGCCAGGAGCAGGACACUCUAGGCGGAGGGUUUGACGCCACCCAAGCGUUUGUGGGUGAGUUGGCCCAUUUCAACAUCUGGGACCGCAAGCUGACCCCCGGGGAGGUGUACAACCUGGCCACCUGCAGCAGCAAGGCCCUCUCGGGCAAUGUCAUCGCCUGGGCCGAGUCCCAGAUCGAGAUCUUUGGUGGAGCCACCAAGUGGACAUUCGAGGCUUGUCGCCAGAUCAACUGAAGGCUUCAGGCUAGGGCUAAGCCCCCAGCCCCACGCCUGCCCACCCUGCUUGUGCGGUGAUGACCCAUCGUCUCCCCCAACCCCCAGGAAUGACUCAAGGCCAUGGCCCCUGCACACGCACACGCACACAGCCUGGUUUGUCCUCCUUGUGCACAUGAAGCAGUCCCGGCUCUUCUUUGGCCCUAAGGACACCCCACUUCUCCCUAGGAGCCCUACUAUCUCCCGGGCAUGCCUAGCUAAAGCAGGCAGCAUCAGCUUUGACAAUGCAGAAUUAGGUGAGAGAGAGUGUGUGUGCGCGCGCGUGUGUGCGUAGGGGAGGCUUUUCUUUUAAGAUGAGAUAGUUCGUUCCCUCCUUUCUUUGUGGUUUUUGUACGUUUCUGAUGGGUCAGCUGCCUGUGUGCCUUGGGGCUGGCGCUGUUUCCUCAGCACACGUAUUUACCCUCAUUUGCAGACCUUUGUGGGAGGGGCAGAGUGCUCUGUUGAUGGAAGUCAGAAUAGUUUGCUAAGGCUGGGGGACCUUCCCACACGAAUUUUUGUUUGGGGUAAGUGGAUUCUCUGAAAAUCGGAGGCUGGUUGUCCUGGGAUGGCACCACCGAGAUGCUAUCAUCUCCCUCCCCCUGCCUCAGUCAGAUUGUCUGUUGUCUGCAUCUGAGGGUAGAGUACACCACUUAGCAGCUCUGUCCCAGGACUGCACCUGACCCUUGGCCUUCCUGCCUCUUCCUAUCACUCAAGACUGGGACCUGUUAUUCCCUUUCAGCCUCCAAAGCUGUGCUACUUCAGCCCAGUGGUUCUGAGAAGGGAGUGCCCCACCAGAGUCCCAGGACACAGGGCCUUGGCACCCCCCCCUUCUCCCUCUGGUGGAGAAACCAGAGGCUUCAAGUGGGGAUCUCACGUGCUUGAUCUCAGCUCCAGAGGGCACUGAGACUUGACCCACAGUCCAUGGGAAUGCCUUCCCAUGGCAUUUUUCACAGCCAUACUCCCCUCCCAGCACACCCAGGCCCAGGUGAGCUAGCUCAGACCCCUCUCAGGGGCCAGGGGCUCAGAAACCUCUCAUGUGGAGCCUGCUGGCCAGGGCAUGGUGUGCCAUCCACUCCUGUAUCUCAUGGGGUACAAGCCCUGCAGCAGCCCCAACCUGCCACCGGCCUGUGACACCAAGCCUGUGGCUUUUCCUUAUUGAAAGCAGCGUGAGUACCGCCUUCUGAGGAGAGGGACAAAAUGUGUGUGUGCACAUGUGUCUGUCGAAUGAUGGAGAACACUGAGGAGGCCGUGUCCAGGUGGGGUGGGCCCUGCUUUGUUUCCCCACUCUGUGGGCACAUGCCCAAUGACACCUGGACUGUGUCUCCAGGAGCCUGACUAGCAAAAGGCUGGCAAGUCUUUCUAGAAACCUACGCACUGCCUGGCUCGUCUGCAGCUGCAGACGCUUCCUCAACGGGAGCAGGGCUUGCACCUGCUGUACUUCCAGGGGCACCUGUCUCCCUCCAUACAGGUCCGUGUUGUGUCUGAGCCUAGUGCAUCCGUGUGUGUCUCUGUGCUGUCUGUGUCACUGUUGUCGUGGGUGUCUGCACGGUUCCCCUGCCACUGCUCUGUGGUGCGCUGCUCUCAGAGCACGCCAACCCGGCAGUGUGCCACUUGUUGUCCAGCAGUGGCUUUUCCUUAGAUAAUUGUGCUUCCUCAGCACCCUUUGGGUUGUGGCAUCCUUGGAUUUGUGGGGAUCUUCUGUGUUUGCAUGUACCUCAGGGUGGUGUGUUCCUUGCUCCCUUGGUCCGAUGCGUGUUCCCUUGCCUGCAUGGACUUCUCUGGUUCUGUGUUGUGUGCUGAGUGCCGCCCAGUGUUCUGUGAUCACCCAUGUAACUACUGAAAAACGGCUGGGUAAGCAAGCCAGGGGUUUUGGGGAGGUCAAGAGAGAUCAGCGUCCCUCUUCCCUCCUUCUCCCCAGACAUAGCAAGAAGCAUCUCUAACAUCUAGGUUGAGAACAAGCCUGAAUGGUACCCAUGGUUGGGAGAGAGAGAGAGAGAGAGCAUGAGCUCGGAAUCAACUUUCCAGACCAGAUAGAGCCCCACCCUUACUUUAGCCGCCUGGGAGCCAACACCAGGCAAGGCCCAGAGCCGGCUGUGCCCGGUGCACUCCUGCUAACCCCUGCCACCAGCCCCAGCCCCUGCCAAUGCGGACUCCAGACCACCUGCACCCAGAUGGGUGGGGUGGGAGCUGUCCGUUCAGGACCACAAGCCAUCCUCUGCCCUGGCUUAGAGGGCAGAGCACACCCCAAUGCUUAUGCCUCCGCCCUUCAUCUCUCAGCUCCUCUCCCUUCUCCUCUCCCCUGCGGCACGCAUAGUGCCAGGGACAGAAGCUGACAUCCAGCUCUUGCCCUGCCCCUCACUGGAGUCUGUGCCAAGCCCCUCCCCUCUGUCACUGUGCUCACACUUGGCACUUUGCUGGCCCUGAGAAAGCUAACCACAGCCGCAGAUCUAAUCCACAUAUUUUCCAUCGACUCCGUAAUCUGACUGAUGUCCCCUCUUGCACUGAAUAAUACAUGCCUCUCUCAGGUAAGCCAUUUUAUAAAAUAAGAGAUAAAAUGCACUGUCAAGACAGUGUUUGCUUCUGCCGAUGGUGUCCGACAGCACCCUGGGCAUUAGGGUGGGAGAGCUGCCACGGAGGCUCCCCGGCCCGACGGGGCUGAGAGCCCACUUGAAUUGUAAGCCUUCUUGCUUUUGAUAACACAGUAUUAUUUCUCUUACUGAAGAAGAAAAAGUUUAUUACCAAACAAGAGUAUUUUUAUGAAAGAAUAGGACAAACCUAUAAAUUAUCUCAACCUAUAUCUCCCUUGAAAAAUACUUUCAGGCUCCAUCAAAAUGUAGGACUGAAAGCGUGUAUUUUGGCAGAAAGAGAUACAUUUUUGUAUGCUUUCUUUUCCUUUUGUAGAUUCCCAACUUAUUUUCUAAGACUGCAAAGAUCACUUUGUCACCAGCCCUGGGACCUGAGACCAAGGGGUUGUCUUAUGGGCAGUGAGGGGGAAGGAGAGGCUGGCCUGAGGUUCUCAGUCACUCCAGUGAGCUCCGAUAAGGGGCCACCAGGUCUCGAAGGUGUGUUGGGGACCAGGAGGUUAAAAAAAAAAGCCUUUGAUGGUGGGUUCUUUGUCUUGGAACUGACUGGUUAUGUGAGACAGGAUGAGGAUUUGGAUACCAAUUCUGAGCUUGAUAGAAGAUAUGAGGGUUAUGCUGGCUAACACAAGGGCAUCGCGUCCUUAGUAAUUCGUCAUGAUUUCAUCUCAAACACAACGUGUAAACUUACUCAGCUGAUGAUGGGAAUUGUAUUGCUUCUGUGUGCAGUGGACUUACGUGCAAUCUGUUCAAAAGGGAACAAGUCAUUGAGGAGAACAAAAGCCCAAUACUUAGAGUCCCAAUUUUGUCUUAUUUGCCAAAAAAAAGCAACCCCCCUAGAGUUGAUAUUGUUACAAUGUACAUACUGUAAACUAUGAAAGAAUCGAUGUACCUUACUUUUUCAUUAUUUGCUAACCAAAGCUGUACAUUUUUCAUACGAUCUGCAGCCUUUUGAGUAUCAAAGGGGUAAACACCACCAUCAGCCAUUCUGGAAAUGCACUAUUUAUACUGGUACCCUUGCUUUUUUUCCCCCCAUUUUCUUGCUGAGAUGACAUGAAUUGUUGAGUUUAUUUUUACACAGUAAAGAGUGAAGAAAGAC